CCAAAUUUCACUGGCCUAACACAUUGUGAUAUUCCAAUUUUCUUCCUAGCACUGUCCCUAUGCAUCCUUAUUUUUACAGGGCUGUUGUCUGCAUACAGUUUUGUCUUCUGCUUUUUCAUGAAAUGUUGUAACACGAGCAUUUUCCAUGUUGUUACCUAGUCUUCAUUUUUGAUGGCAUAUAUUUCUUUCAGUAGCCGUGUUUUAAUUUCUUCAACACUUCCCACCCUUGAACAUUUACUUUUCUUCCAACUUGUUUUGGCAUUGUAGUUUACACUGCAGUCAUCGGCUUUAGAAUAAUUUCCUUAGCAUCCUUCCCAGGUACAGGAUUGUCCGUUCAAUGGUCCAGUUAUUUCCAUUGCUUUUAGGGCUGCCAAACUCUCCGGCCAAAGGUUAAUACCAGCGAAGCACUGGUACUGCCUUUUCUCUUUAAUUUUUGUUAUUUUUACAGGUGUCUCUUUGCUUCAAUCCGCCUUGCUCUGAAAUCUGUCCACUGAUCUCCUGCGGAGAAGGCACCCAUUUUGAGGGCACGUAACCCCGGAGUCCCGAGGCAGCUCCCGCCCCUUCUUCGCCGGCUCCACACCCCCCGCGCCGGACUACACUUCCCAGGUGGCCCCGCGCAGCGGGCGCAGCCGCACUUUCCAGCUGCCGGUCGGGACGCGGAGUUUGAGGUUUACCGCGGAGCGCAAUGGACGCAUGGGGCGAGCGGCUGGCCGGCGUGCGCGGGGUGCUGCUGGACAUCUCGGGCGUGCUGUACGACGGUGGCGAAGGCGGCGGCACGCCGAUUGCGGGCUCCGUAGAGGCGGUGGCGAGACUGAAGCAGUCCCGGCUAAAGGUGAGGUUCUGCACCAAUGAGUCACAGAAGUCCCGAGGCAAGCUGGUGGGGCUGCUUCGGCGGCUGGGCUUCGACAUCUCCGAGGGCGAGGUGACCGCCCCGGCGCCUGCCGCCUGCCUGAUCCUGAAGGAGCGAGGCCUUCGGCCACACCUGCUUGUCCACGAUGGAGUGCGCUCAGAAUUUGAGCAAGUUGACACCUCCAACCCAAACUGUGUCGUAAUUGCUGAUGCAGGAGACGGCUUUUCUUAUCAAAACAUGAACAAAGCCUUCCAGGUGCUCGUGCAGCUGGAAAAGCCUGUGCUCAUAUCACUGGGAAAAGGACGCUACUACAAGGAGACCUCUGGCCUGAUGCUGGACGUGGGUGCCUACAUGAAGGCGCUUGAGUACGCCUGUGGUAUCGAAGCCGAGGUGGUGGGGAAACCGUCUCCUGAGUUUUUCAAGUCUGCCCUGCAGGAGAUGGGGCUGGAGGCCCACCAGGCCAUCAUGAUCGGAGACGAUAUCGUGGGUGACGUCGGCGGUGCCCAGCGGUGUGGAAUGAGAGCCCUGCAGGUGCGGACCGGGAAGUUCAGGCCCAGUGACGAGCACCAUCCAGAAGUGAAGGCUGAUGGGUAUGUGGACAACCUCGCAGAGGCCGUGGACCUGCUGCUGCAGCACGCAGACAAGUGACAGGCCUGGGAGGGCCCCCAGCCUCCUGCCGCCCGCCCCCGUGCCUGGACCACCAAGGCCUUCCCCUUCGUCCUCUACAGGCAGGCAAGAGGGCACCAGCCUGACAGUCGUGGGCUGUCCUGCCCCGGGGCCUGAGCCUGGCCAGCCCUUCCUCUGUCUCCCUCUGCUGUGCCCUUCCACCCUCCCCCCAGUCACGUCCCCCAGUCUCCCAGGCAGAGUGUGUCCCCUUCCUGAUGGCCUGCCUGUGCUGCCCUAGUGAAGUCAGGACAGUGGAACAGACCUCCAGAGAAGGAAAUGCUCUGGGCGUGGGCCGGAGGUGCUCUGGGAAUGUCCCCGAUGCACGUGACCCUGUGCACCUGGACCCGUCAGUGCUCCACUUAACUGGACCAGGGCCAUUUGCCCGCUGCCUCUUUAUCAAACGUUCUUUGCAUUUAGUGAGGAGCCUGGUGGAAACGAGCCUCUCGUGCAGUCCAUGCAGCUCUGAGCUGAGACUGCCCAGCCAUCCCCACCCACACCCGGAGUCCGAGUGGCCGCUUAGCACCCUGCCCUCCCCCCACCCCACGCAAUGCCGGCCCACCCUCUCCUGUCCCCAGAAGUCACCUUUGGAGCCAAAAGCUGGGGCAGCUCCAAGGGCACUUGGAAGACCACGUGCUAUAGAGCAAGAAUGUUAACCUCUAGGAUCAAGGUCGCAGGCACAGAGGGUACAACUUUUUGGAGCCACAACUUGAUAGACUUGUGUCAUCCCAGUGUGUGCAGGAGGAAACUAACCGUUAAAUAAACCGCGCUGAUCUGCAGCCGACUCGCGCCCU